AUGCCUCAAAUUCCUCCACGCAGUCAACCAUUCUGUCUCAUUGCGGGUACACUCAUCGUCGCCCCAAAUGGAAGUCGUCGUGCCGUCUGGCCAAUCACAGAUGACUGUCUGAAUAUCGUCGGAGGUGGACCUAUUCGGAAGAUAGCCGCUUGUUGUAAUAAUAGAUGCAGGCGCUGCCGCUCCAUAGUGGGAGUGGUUGGCUUGCGUGCUCGCAUCAGUCGACCUACCGAUUAG